AAACUAUAAACCCUAACCUAGCGACGCGGCGAAGGAAGGCUCCUCACCUCCGCUCCAGUUCUCCUCUUCGCCGUUCUCCUCUUCACUGCGAGACCGGCGAUUGUUUUUCUCUGUAUCGCUUUUCUCUUUUUCUCGAUAACUACAUCGCGAAGACCAUCGCCACCUUCGCGAGCUUUCUCUUUUUCAAGUUUUCUCGGGUAAAUUACCGAAGAUGAGGAAGCUGAAGUUCCAUGAGAAGAAGCUCCUCAAGAAAGUCAAUUUCCUUGAGUACAAACGCGAAGGCGGCCACCGAGAAGCCCUUAUAACGCGCCGAUACCACCUCACAGAGCGAGAUGAUUACAAGAAGUACUCGAGUAUAUGUCUGACGGUGCAGAAGCUGGUGCAUAUCUUGAAGCAAAUGGAUCCCAGCGACCCUUUCAGAAUUCAGAUGACAGAUGCACUGCUUGAAAAGCUUUACAAUAUGGGUGCGAUUUCAACAAAAAAGAGCCUGGAAAAGUGCCAUAAACUGUCAGUAAGCUCAUUCUGUAGGAGAAGGCUGGCUUCUGUUUUGGUAUACCUCAAGUUUGCUGAGCAUCUAAGGGAGGCUGUGACGUAUAUCGAGCAAGGCCAUGUCCGAGUGGGACCAGAUGUGGUAACAGACCCAGCCUAUUUGGUGACAAAGAACAUGGAGGAUUUUGUGACUUGGGUGGACUCGUCUAAGAUUAGGAAGAAAGUGAUGGAAUACAAUGAGAAAUUAGACGACUACGAUCUCCUGAAUGCCUAAGUUAUCUUCAUGUUACCGAUGCCAAUUGUAGCAGCUUAUGAGGUUAAUUAGUUUGCAGAACUUACAUAUCAGUUUAUCAAUUAGCAACUUGCUCAACGAGCUUCGUUCC